AUGGCGUCUAACUCUGUAAAUUAUCAGAGUUUACAGUGCACCGAUCUGAAGAAUAUAUUGAAAUCGAAAGGUAUUCCGUUUUCUAAUAGAAAUAAGCAAGACUUGGUUGAUUUAUGCGAGGGAGCAGAGGCGUUAAAUUUGCCACAUAUCGGUCAUUAUGAUGGUGAUAUACAGGCCUCCAUUAGCAGACGAACGGUUCGUGGAAAAACAUAUCCACACCCAUAUCAUGAUGGUAGCAUCGCUUGGACUCCGAAUCUUUCCAUUAUUCCCUCUAUAGAUGCCUUUGACGUGUCAUCUUUUCUUCAAAACUACAGUGGGUGGUCUGAAGAACGCUUACGGAACAGGAAAUCCGACAGUGGAUAUAAGCUUCAUUGCUCUGGUCACAUUUAUGAUGUCGUCAUGGUUCUGUUAGGUGAUGAUACAUGUAUGUGUUUUAUCAAGGAUAAGUGUGUUCCUGAAACACGGCAAUCCAGUGAUCCCUAUAUCCCGUGGAUUCUGGUUGAAAAAGGGGAUGGGUCCUGCAAACAUGUUGUCGCCCUACUAUUUGGCAUUACUGAUCACGUCAUAUCCAUAGAAGACCGAAGUACCAUUGGAGUCACAGAUACUGCAGCAUAUUGGAAUAAACCAAGAAAAGUAUGCAGGCCAGUAGCUGUUCAUAACUUAGAUAUCAGGAUUGACACGAAUGUACCAGAUAGACCACGGCCGUCGGAAGAUUCUGGAUAUUUGCCACUUAAGUCAUCAGCAUUGGAUUUAAAGUCUUUGGAGAAGAAUAUUGUUCAAGCUCUCAAAAAGAGCAAUACACCAGCAGUGGCCUUGUAUACAUUGUCAGAUUCUGAUGAUGACAAUGAUGUGUCUAUGGGUAUUGAGGACACACCUAAAAAUAUUAUUGAUUUAAUGUCGAUGCAUGGUCAAGAAAAUUUGAAAGUAGAUGAUUCUUAUGUUAAAAAAGUAAAUGAAUUCACUAAAGGGCAAUCCAUCAACCUUAUGUGGCAGUACCAGAGAAAAGGUAGACUGACUGCUUCAAACUUCUUUAAUGCCUAUCACUACAGAGGUGAUAAAGCAGACAACUACAUUGUAAGAAGUAUUAUGGGUCAGUAUCAUUUCACCUCAAAAUCAGUCGAAUAUGGAAAACGAAAUGAAUCUGUCGCUCGAGAGAGAUAUGUUGAUCACAUGACAAGUUGUCACCCCUCAUUCAAGUGUGCAGAGACUGGAAUCUAUGUUUACAAAGAUUUCCCUUUCUUCGCUGCAUCCCCUGAUGGCAUUUCUGAAUGCAAGUGUUGUGGAAAAGGACUUGUUGAAAUUAAGUGUCCUUACAGUUCAAGAAAUGAAACAUCUCUGAUUGCUAUGUCAAAAAAUUCAUCAUGUGCAAUUGUCAAUGGAAAUUAUGAAUUGAAAAAGAGUCUGUCCUCCCCAUUUUAUGUCCAAAUGCUUGGUCAAAUGGCAGUAUGCAAGUUUUCACAUUGUGAUUUUGUUUUGUUUACUCAAAAAGAUAUCUAUGUAGAGAGAAUUCAUUUCUCAAAAGCAGAUUGGGAAUUGUUAUCUGAAAAGCUUAAAAGUUUUUAUAUGCAGUACGUUUUGCCAAACUUAGUUUGA